UACUACCAGAUUACGUUUGGACUUCGCUAAGGAGCAAAAGAUCGGCAGAUGUUAAAGAAAAGGCAGAUAAUAAACCAAAUGAACACAAAGUACAUAAUCAUAAAAGAUUUAAAAAUCACGGUGAUGGAAAUAAUGCAGAGCGGGGUAAGAAAACAAAAUCAAAAAGAAGUAAACAUAGAAAAUUAGUGCAACGAACAAGAGAAGUAAAAAAUAAAGAUGAUCUAGAGAAAACUAUGAAAUAUACAAAGAAAUCGGGCAAACGCAAGGUGAAGCGCAGCGGACGUAAAGGACCAAGGAAACAACGCGGAAAUCGUAAAGAAAAUUUACGCAACAGAAAAUCUAGAAAGGUCUCAAAAAAGAGUCUGUCUAAAGACAGUGCGAGACGCCUGAUAGCUGGGAUGGAUGCAGUGAUAGAAGACUACCCUUACGUGGUGUCCAUUCAGAAAUCUGGCGAGCAUUGGUGUGCCGGGGCACUCCUGAACCCCAGGCUUGUUAUUACCACUGCUAACUGCCUUUGGAAAACAAGUCGCAUCAGCCGCAUGAGCGUGCGCGCUGGCUCCCGCCACGUCCAGAAAGGCGGCCAGGUGGCAGGGAUACAGGAGGUAAUGAAGCACCCAGGUUGGGGCAUCAGGCGGAACCCUGAUCACGACGUUGGACUCAUACUUCUUGAUAAGAAUAUCCGGUUUUCUGACUCGGUGCACGGCGUGGACUUACCGAAUCGAGUGAUGAUGCCUCCGUUUGAUGACGCUUGGAUCACAAGCUGGGGAGCUGACAGG